AUGGAGGGAAAGGAUGAAAUAGACCAGGAAGCACAAGGGCAAAUGGAUGUAAGAAGAUCAACAUGGGUGAGAAACUGUGCAAUCAAAUCUCCUUGGCACAUUGUAGAGAUGUAUGGGUACUUCUUAACACGUGCUGAGCUUUGCUGCCUACAAGAUAGGAAAUGGAUGAACGACAAGUUCAUGUCUAUGGUGGCAAGAACCUUGGUGGGAGAUGAAAAAGAGAACCACGAUUGUGUCAAUAGGCACAUUUUUUCACCCGAGUUAAUGCAAACAAUGGCCGCUAAUCCUCUUAGGUGGAGCCUGGAAAAACAUGAACAUGAAAUCUUGCCGGAGUACAUAGGAUAUAACAUUGGAGACUGUGACUUCAUAUUUGGCCCCACCCUUUUCAAUUACCAUUGGUUCUGUUAUGUGAUAGAUGUAAGAACCAUGCGUUUCUAUGCCCUUGACUCCUUGGUGGACAAUUUGACCAUGUUGAGAUUACAAAGAAAGGAAGAAGAAGCAAUCAAAACAGGAAAGAAACCAAAAAGGAAGCAAGGGAAAAGGAAAGGAAAGAUAGAUCCUAAGCAAUUCAUGGCAAGAGGGAUUAGAGAUUGUUUCUGCCAAGUGCUUCGUGUGCUGAAGCCAUCACUGUUUGCGGAGGAGACAAGAUUGACAAGGAAGUCACGUGGGCAAAAGGACUCUUGUGGGGUUCAUGUGUUGAGCUGGUUACAAACAUGGGACGGCACUGAGUAUGGUGACGACGGCUACAUAAUGCCUAAGUACUCCCCUGAAGAAAUCCAUGACUUGAAGGUUGGAUGCUUGUGGUGGCUCGUGACUCAUCGAAACAACCUGCAUGGCAAUGAAGUGUUGUCUUUGCUAUGA